AUGUCCAAGGAAACCGAGGCCGAUGCACAAACGGUAUCAUCCAGUUCGUCAUUGUCAUCCAUUGGAUCAUUAGAAGCGAUAGAUGUGGUGGAAGAAGACUUGAAUAGGAAUACCGAGUCCCGCGCUACAGGUUAUAUGGGCAAAAACUCCGAAGUUUCCUGGUUACACCGAUUGGAUGAGGCUGAAAAUUCAAAAGAAAGAGGAGAGAGCGAUAAGCAUUCACAAACAGCCGCGAAGGGGAAGGCAGCAGAAGGGCUGAGUACAUUCUCUCUCUCGUCAUUUAGCUACCAUCUGGAUAAUGUGCAUCUAUCGCACAUUGGAGAAUCUUCCACGGAGCCAUUCCUUUUACCCGCGAAAGAAGUGGCGGAAAAGCUCUUGCAAGUUUAUCUGGAAUCAGUGCAAACCUUUUUUCCCAUCAUUAGAAAGCAAUUGUUUGUGCAGCAAUUUGAAAACCUGUACUCCCGAUCAGCGGGUCACCCAGGGGAACGCUGGCUGGCCAUUCUCAACUUGAUCUUUGCCAUUAGCAGCAACUACUGGCGAUUAACUCAGCCCAACCUUCCACAAGAACUACAUUCUGAGGUCUUUUUUUCCCGCGCCAAGGCUUUGAGCAUUGGAGAAAACGUUAUCUAUGAGCAUGCAGAUCUCCAGCAGGUACAGGCAGAGUCGCUAAUGGCAUUUUACUUCUUAUCAUCAGGUCAAAUCAAUAGAGGGUGGAAAAUGAUAGGAAUUGCUUCACGCUCUGGGAUUUCAUUGGGGCUCCAUUUGCGUAACACUUCGCGUAUCGAAUUAUCCUCUACAAAAACUCGCUGCCGCGUUUGGUGGUCGAUAUUCUAUCUAGAACAUCGGCUAAGUGUUAUAACAAGUCGGCCAUCGUGCAUACCUGACAAUACAUCCAGUGUUUACCCGCCGGUCCCGGUUGAAGAGAAAGAUUACGACUUACCACACAUCCGACUAUUACUUGAAGACCACAGAUACCGCGAGCGUCAUCUGCACUGGACUCUGGGUCGAAACGAUACGAGUUCAACCAGACAGCAGUUACUACACAGCGCUGGUUUAUCUUCGGCUGUGUAUUUUUUCCAUCAGACAGACCUGGCUAAGAUUACCCAUGCGAUCACUAACGGGGUUUAUAAUAUAGAUGUUCUCAUGCACGGGUGGGAGCGCAUCGCAGGUCGAAUAGAUUUGUAUUCGGCCAAAUUGGAUGAUUGGUUAUCCUCGCUAGUGCCGCCUUUGCGCUUCACAGAUGAGAGAAGGAGGAAAUUUCCUUCCUUAACCAACUCUUAUCAAAUCUCCCUAGCGCUGCACUUUUACAGCACCCGCAUUGUCCUCGGUCGGCCAUGUCUCACUCGACCAGGCACUGACACUGACACUGGUAUUAUAUACCCACGGUCUGGGUUUGACAAUGAUAUUAGUUUAAUUUGCCUUCAAUCAGCUCUGGAUCUGAUCUCUAUUUUUCCAGAUGAACCGAAUCCCGUCUGGCUUUUCAAGUCUACUCCAUGGUGGUGUGUCCUGCAUUUUAUAAUGCAGAGUGUUAGUGUUCUUCUUGUCCACUUGUCUAUUGGCCCUGUGAAUAUGAGAACCAACAAUGAUAAGGAAGUCUCAGGGGAAGGCGCUAGUGGCGAAGAGGAAUCGCCUGAAAUCGUUUUGAAGGCAAUCAAGAAGAUCUGCUCGUGGCUACAUUCACUGAGUGAGUACGACCAUUCCGCACAACGCGCGUUCGACAUUUGUAAUAAGAUGUUCCAUCGUGUUGCAAGUAGCCAAGGAUUUACCACGGGUGAGAUCGUGUCGGAGACUGUGAGCAAUGAAAACCUUGAACGACCGGGGCCAGGUCGGUUUGAUCGGCAAGCAGGCAUGUCGAAGGAAGAGCGUGACAGUGGCCCAGAUUCGGGCGCAUACGGGCAAUUUUCUUUCGAAAGCUAUGAUCCUCUUGCAGAUUUGGGCCUUGGGAUAGAUCUGGACAUUUCGCCGAUGCUUGACAUCAACUAUGAAUUAUAG